GCCAGAAACUGGCGGGAAAUGUUAAAAACCAGAGCCCAAAAUUGAAUAUCUUCUUCUUCGUUGCAACCAAAAACCAGGAAAACAAAUAACCAAAGAAACAUUAAAGAAAUGGAAGAAUCGAACUCGAAAGAGAAAAAAAUGUGUUGGAGAAAAGAAGUGGAUCAGAACCUGAAGCGCCUACACUCGCUGCUCUUCGGCGCCGAGCUCUGCCUCGAGAAGCGGGAUUUCGCUGCGGCUCAGGUCCUCUCGCUUCGACUCCUCGGCUUCCUCGAUUCUCACUCUCAUUCUGAAGUUGAUGAGGCCUUCACUCGUCCCAUACGUCGCGACACUGUGUCUAAGCUCGACUCAGCUCGGCGUGCCCUCGUUCAAGAAUCUGAUCGCCGAGCAUUUGAACAGGCAGGCAAAGCUCCUGGUUGUGUUUUUGGCAGGAAAGGAGGUGUUGACAUUGACAAAAUUAAGCAAUCAAAGUAUUUUUGUGCACUGCUUCAGCAAUCUAAGGGAAAGGCUGUAAAUGAAUUGGGAGGCCAACAAGACAGGCAAGAUAAGUUGAUUAGCAAGCCGUCAAAAGUUACCACACAGGCAAAGUUGACAUCUUUGUAUGGAAACAAAAUUACAAGGGCAAAUAAUUGCUCAUACAAGAGUUCUUUGGACUCCAAAACUAACAGUUCUGAAGAUUGUGUUAUAGUGGAAAAGGGUCAUUUUAAUCGCAACCUUCAUAGGGGACACAGUGUUUCAAUAUUUUCCAAAGUUAAAGAGGAAGAAAGGGCCCAUGUAAAUACCUCAGGGACAAAGCGUGCACACAUAGAAAUCAGUAGCCCUAAUUCACCGUCAAGCAAUGAAGAAGCUCAUGCUGAUAUUUCAGGGAACGGAUUUGUAACAGCAAGAGCAAAACUGGAAAUGGAUGCGAGGCAAAAACGAGGGCUGGCUGGUUCUCCAAGUCCUUCUGCCUCCCCACAGAGUGAUACCAAUUUCAAUACUAGAGGUUAUGGUGCAAAAUCCUAUGGUUUUACUCGCCGUGGAGUUCGUGGUAAUUUUGUUCCCCCAAUAAGAUCAAAUGGGGGCAGUGUUGGAAAUGUGACAUCACGAAUUGGUGGAAAGGGUGAUGAGUCAUUAGAUGAUUCAACAAGGACAUGUUUGGAAAUGCUGUGUGGUCCUGAUGGUGAACUUCCUGAAAAAUUAAGGAACUUGGAACCUCGACUUAUUGAGCAUGUCAGUAAUGAGAUUAUGGAUCGAGAUCCAAAUGUUCGGUGGGAUGAUAUUGCUGGCUUGGAGCAUGCCAAAAAAUGUGUGACAGAGAUGGUCAUAUGGCCUCUAUUACGUCCUGACAUAUUUAGAGGCUGUCGCUCUCCUGGGAGAGGUCUUCUUCUCUUUGGUCCCCCAGGAACAGGCAAAACAAUGAUUGGGAAAGCUAUAGCUGGGGAAGCCAAAGCCACCUUUUUCUACAUAUCUGCUAGUUCAUUGACAAGCAAGUGGAUUGGUGAGGGUGAAAAGCUAGUGAGGGCGCUUUUUGGGGUGGCCAGUUGUCGUCAGCCGGCUGUAAUUUUUGUUGAUGAAAUAGAUUCACUUCUAUCUCAGCGUAAAUCAGAAGGUGAGCAUGAAUCAAGUAGAAGACUCAAGACGCAGUUCCUCAUUGAAAUGGAAGGCUUUGAUAGUGGCAGUGAGCAGAUUCUUCUUAUAGGAGCAACAAAUAGACCUCAAGAGCUUGAUGAAGCAGCACGGAGAAGACUUACCAAGAGACUCUAUAUUCCCCUUCCUUCAUCAGAAGCCAGAGCCUGGAUAGUACGUAAUCUCUUAGAGAAAGAUGGAUUAUUCAAGCUUUCAGAAGAAGAUAUUGGUGCCAUAUGCAAGUUAACUGAAGGCUACUCAGGAUCAGAUAUGAAAAACUUAGUGAAAGAUGCAUCUAUGGGUCCUCUUAGAGAGGCUCUGAGGCAAGGCAUAGAAAUUACAAAGCUGAAGAAAGAGGAUAUGCGGCCAGUAACUCUUCAGGACUUUGAAAAUGCGUUACAAGAGGUCAGGCCCUCAGUUUCUCUGAAUGAAUUGGGUACGUAUGAAGAAUGGAACAAACAAUUUGGAAGCUUAUCACUCUAAAGAUUGAAAAAAGACUAGAAAGAAAAUAGAGGACAUUAUUUUUUUUCCUUUUCAAGUGGCAAAAAAAAAAAAAAAGAACCACAGAGCAGCAUCUUGCACCGGUUACAUUCAUCUUUUUCUAUCCUGUAUGAAAAUGGGAAACAUACUGCUUUGAUUUCUAUUAUCCUGAGGGUUUUCUGUUA